AGGCCGGGACCCCCACAAUUCACGUCCGCUGAGGCGACAUGGGUCUCCUUCCGGGGACCAUUUAAUGCCAAACAACGCCAACAGAAAGGAACCCCGCCGCCGGAUUUGAAAGAUUUGCACCUCAUUCAUUGAGGGGUCGGAGGCGGUAGGUAUGGGUCAGGCAGGUUUCGAGAAGAUUCUCGCCCUGGACCUUCCAAUGAAAAAUGAAACCCAGGACUAGCUUUCUAGGUUGCCAGGAUAUUAUAUUUCUUUUGUUUUCCAUCGUUCGGUGUCCGCGGUUCCUCUUUUCCUGUGGCCAGGUGCUAGUGGGGUAGUGGCUUAAGUGUUCUUUCUUGACUGGCUAUAGCUCCCGGGCCCUCUGCUCCUUCCGGGCCCCAUUCCUAACAAGUCAUGCCAAUGCAGGGUCUCACAGAGAAACAGGCCCCUCAUCUCCAACGGGGUUCGGGCGGCAUCCCACUUGGGCCCGUGGUUUAUAUAAGGGUGACCAGGCUGGCUGUUCAGAAACCUCAGCUUUGAUCAGGACGAAUAUUCUGUGCUGGACACCUUCAAGAUACCCUCAUCUCACAUCUUCAACUACUACAUACACAAUGGUACCUUUCGCUACUACCUACUCGUGGCCCAGCGACCCUCGUGCCUCCAGGGUUCACGCCCUCGGCAAGCUUGGUGGUCUCGAGAUCGUGGGCGCGCCCGAUUUCCAAAUGGGCGUUACCAACAAGUCUGAAGAGUUCUUGGCCAAGUUCCCCCUCGGAAAGGUCCCCGCUCUGGAGACUGCCGAUGGCUUCCGGCUCGCCGAGUCGGGAGCCAUGGCCUACUACGCCGCCGCCGCUGGUAACAAAGCCGACCAGCUGCUCGGCACCGACGCCCAGACCAAGGCCAAGAUCAUGGAGUGGGCCUUCUUCGCCGACAGCGAGCUGUCGGCCAACUGCAUGCCCAUCUUUGUCAUGUGCGUCGUGAAGAUGUACGCGCCCGACGAGAACCGUUACAACAGCUGCAUCACCAACAUUGAGCGUGCCCUGGGCAAGAUCGAGGCCACCCUCGCCAAGGGUAACGGCAAGUACCUUGUCGGCGACAAGCUCACCUAUGCCGACCUCAUGGUCUUCUCCCCCCUGUUCUUCGCUGGCGGCUCCGUGCUCGACGCCGAGAUGCGCAAGUCUGCUCCGACCGUCUUUUCCUACCUCGAGAACCUGGCCGCCAUUCCUGAGAUCAAGGAGACGUUCGGUGAGCUCAAGUUUGUCGAGAAGAGGGUCACGUUAUAGAAGGCUGCAGUGGACUGCACAUGGAUUUAGAGUUUUGUUCUAGACAUGUGUGCUUAAUACUACUAGCUCUCGAACUGCAUUGCAUUGCACAUGAUGCUUUUUUUCCAUGCAUUUUUAGGCCAGGCGUUGCCCAGUGACCAAUUUUGUAGGUUUUUAUUUUUGUUAUAUCUUUUCUCAAUCACUUGAAGACUGAACGCGUGAAUGGCAUGCACAAUAAGAGAUCAAAACUCUACUUCUCUCUCGUUUUGCUCGUGGGUUUUCUUGGCCUCUUUUGUCGGUACAGCUUGACUAGCCCCUUAAAAUUCACCAAAUUCUUUUAUUUUGGAGCUCUCAUAUCGACUCUGCUUCCAGGAAAGUUGUAUUUUGCACAAAAUCGCAGUCUACGCCAGACAUUUACUUGUCUAUAUAUGUCAUAGCCAGACCUUAC